AUGCGUAUGCUCAUAGCUCGGCUUUCAGCGUUCAAAAGGCAAUUUCAUGAUGUAGUGGGUGUUGGGAUGCUUCACUUCUUAGCCAAGUAUGCUGGUGCAACAAGUGCGAGUUCGAUAGUGCGGCAGGAAUAUGAAGACAUGCAACUAGGAAGGGAGCCCCUUCGCAUGAGUGAUGUGGAGGACGCUAUGGUUCUCUUUCGAGCAGUACAGGCAUUCAACUCCAACUACAUUCGAAGGGCUAUGUAUGGAGGGCUGCCUUUCAUAUUACGUAUAGCAUGUGCUGUUUCAGCACUGGCACCGGAUUACAACCAACGCUUCAGUCGGAAUGUGACCCUGUACGAACAUCGGCUCCUUCGUCGCCUGUGUUCUGCUGUGGGGCUAGGCCCCGAUAGUAUCUUGUUGCAUAACGUAAAGUGCUACCAUGAAGAACUUUUGGCAUGGGCUCUCUUGCAUGAUCAACCCAACAAUCGCUUGCUGGUUAUUAUUCAGGGAAUUUCUCAGCUGCACAACGCGUCUCUUCUUCUGUAUAUGAAUCCGACACAACUGCCAUCAGGCUCCACGGUGCACACUGGCGUAUACCGCGCAGCAAGCCCACUGUAUGAGAUUCUCUCUCCCUAUAUACAUAUGAACUUCGAGCAUAACUUUCUCCGUGACUACUCCAUUGUGUUGUGCGGUCACGGAUUUGGCGGAUCUGUAGCAGCCCUUGUGGGUGCUAUGCUUCUGCGGCAUCCCACUGGCACCUUUACACCUAGCAAUACUAAGGUUGUUACCUUUGGCCCCUUCCCCUUCGCUGGUCCAGACUUUGCAUACAGGGAACAUAUACAUGUAACGUCAUUUAUCUAUCGGUUCGAUGCCAUUGCACGUCUCAGCUUACACGCUGCUGGAGUACUAAAGACUCGAAAAGCCACCAGAGAAGAGCAAUCAACAUCUGCCCUAUCCCAAAAGGUUUUGCUUAACUCUUUGAGCAAAGACUGCGCGUACUUCAUCCCUGGGACAAUAUACCUAUUGCACCCAGGAGUACGACCAGUUACUUGCACACCCGAAGCUUCCGACGUCAGCAUUGACGUCUUGGUGAACGAAGAAAAGCUGAAGGCAUGUACGUGUUACCGAGCAAUCGAUUCUCACGACCUAGCAGAGGUUAUACUCUCCGAGCAGGCGAUUAACGACCACUUCAUGUAUGAAGAUGCCCUCAAAUCCUUGUGCAUUGACUGA